CAUUGUUGUGUUGUGAGUGGCCAUAUUUGUUCGACCAUCUUUUAUAAACAAAAUAGGACCCAUAGUUAUGGCGGACCAUCAAAAUAUCAUGUGCGAAGUGGAAAUUCAGCCAGACAUACAGGAAUGCGUGGAAAUCGAGACUAUACCCGUGGAUAUGACCGAUACGUGCGAGACAAUCGUAGAAUGCGGAGAACCUAUGAUGUCUAUGCAAUCUCUGGAGGGUCGAGAUAUUAUUUUGGAGGCCCAGGAGGAGAUCAUAGACGACUCGGGGGAUCCGUUGAAUUUAUACGAAGUUCCUGUACCUGACUCAAACGAUUUGUACGUCGAAUCGUCGCCCGGGCCGUCCAAACGAAAGAAAUCCGUGAAAAAUCGUGGUAUUCUAGCGCGGCGUGAAAACGAAAUUCUCCUCAGCGACAUGCACGUAGAAACUAAACCCCGGAAAUGGGAACAGAAACAAGUGCAGAUUAAAACAAUGGAGGGUGAAUUUUCUGUAACUAUGUGGGCAUCCGGGACUAGCGAUGAUGAGGGUUCAAACCCUGAACCAGAUCCUGACUACACUGAGUACAUGACAGGCAAAAAGAUUCCCGCUGAUGGUAUACCUGGCUUGGACCUAUCGGAUCCAAAACAACUAGCUGAGUUUGCCAGACCCGGUUUGAAGAGUCCCAGGGUGCGAAGACCUAACCAAGACAACACCGAUAGGACCAUCGCUUGCCCCCACAAAGGCUGCAAUAAAAUGUUCAGGGAUAAUUCGGCUAUGAGAAAACACUUGCACACGCAUGGGCCCCGGGUCCACGUGUGUGCGGAAUGUGGAAAAGCAUUCGUGGAAUCUAGUAAAUUGAAACGCCAUCAGCUUGUCCAUACAGGAGAGAAACCUUUCCAGUGCACCUUUGAGGGGUGCGGGAAAAGGUUCAGUUUAGAUUUUAAUUUAAGGACGCAUGUGAGAAUACAUACAGGAGAUCGACCCUACGUUUGUCCGUUUGACGGGUGCAAUAAGAAGUUUGCUCAGUCCACUAACCUUAAAAGUCAUAUUUUGACACACGCCAAGGCAAAAUCUAGGAAUAAUAAUAUGCAACGACACGCGAUAAACAGUAUACAAAUGACACAACCGCCUUUUGUCCAAGUUGAGGUUGCAGAUCCAGAGUACAUCGUAUAUACCGAUUAAUGCAGACGAAAGUGUCCUGUAAAUAUUAGGUUGUAAGUAACAUUAUAAAUAGCUUUGUAUAAACCAAAAAGUGAUUUUAUUACGGUAUGUCUUGUAAGAUUUCGUAUACAUGUUCGUUUUGGUUGAGUAGAGACAUGUAUUUUUGUAUUUUAUAAGUACAACUACUCAUUGACUGAAUUUUUUGUAUUCAGGUAUUCUUUUUGUUAAUCGAUUACAAUUAAGUUACUUUAGUCUUGUGAUUUUUGGAUUUUCAGUGAAUUCGUAGCUAAUUUAUAUUUUAGAAUUAAGUAAUUGUAAAAUAUCGUAAGUAUUGUACAUA